AGAAUGGAGGAGAGAUUAAAAGAGAAGGAAAAUGGGAGGUGGGGUUGAAAGGAAAAGUAAAAGAUACACAGAUCCCUAUGGAGUGCAGGGAUGCUACCCAACAACAUUGCUCAUCUGCCUCUUCUCUUUGUUGAGUUUAAAGAGACCAACUGGGUUCCCUCUUCUCCUCUAUUGCUCGCCCAACUGGACUCUUCCUUCCAACCAUUCUUGGGGUUAUUCCUUUUUUCCUUCUUCUUCUUCUUCUUCUUCUUCACUCUCCUUUUCCUCUCUUACCCGUACCGUAGUUACUCAUUUUUAUUGGAAGAGGUGCAAAGUUUUUAAAACCCCAGGAGAGAACUAAAAGUACUAGAGAAGGAAAGAAAGAAGAGCAGAAGAGAAGAUGAAGUCGAUGAACGAGAAUGAGAAUAAUAAUAAUAAUAAUAAUAAUAACAACAACAGCAGCAGUUGGUUGGGAUUCUCUCUUUCUCCCCACAUGAAAAUGGAGGUUACUGCCUCUGAUCAUCCCUACAAUCAUCACCAUUCUCACUCUGCUACCAAUGCCUUCUACUUGUCUCCUCAUUACAACAAUAACACUGAAAUCUUUUAUGGGAUUGCUGAAAAUGCUUCUCUUCAUCACUCUGCUGCUGCUUCCCUCUCUGUAAUGCCGCUCAAAUCCGAUGGUUCACUCUGUAUUAUGGAAGCCCUUUCAAGAUCACAAACCGAAGGGAUGGUUCCGAGUUCUUCGCCGAAGCUAGAGGAUUUUCUGGGCGGUGCAACAAUGGGGGGUCGAGGUUAUUUCAAUCAAAAUGCUGAAUCCGAACCCGACAGGGAACAUUCGUUGGACCUUCUUCAUAGACCCAUUAGAGAAAAUCAACAGCAGCAGAUUUUGAUGCAAAAUACCCAUCAAUACUACUCAGGGCUGGUUCCGUCUUCCAUUGGAAUUGGAGGUUGCGAUCCUCAAAUUCUACCCGCUGACGACGACGAAAUCCCUUGCCUUAGAAACUGGGUCUCUCGUUCCCACUAUGCCGGCGCCCAUAAUAAUCUGGACCAACAAAUUACUGGAGGCGGCGGAGGCGCUCUCGUACAUGACGGCGGCAGUGGCGGUAACUCUGUCUCCAUUGGUGGAAUGAGCUGUGGGGAAUUGCAGUCGUUGAGCUUGUCGAUGAGCCCAGGUUCUCAAUCGAGCUCAUUCACGGCUUCUGGCCAGAUCUCCCUUACUGGAGGCGACGGCGCCGUCGUAGAAACUAAAAAACGAGGCCCUGGAAAACUCUGCCAGAAGCAGCCCGUUCACCGCAAGUCCAUCGAUACUUUUGGCCAAAGAACCUCCCAAUAUCGUGGCGUCACAAGACACAGGUGGACUGGGAGAUAUGAAGCUCAUCUCUGGGAUAAUAGUUGCAAGAAAGAAGGGCAAACAAGGAAAGGAAGACAAGUUUAUCUUGGGGGAUAUGAUAUGGAAGAAAAAGCUGCAAGAGCUUACGAUCUUGCUGCCCUCAAGUACUGGGGACCCUCCACGCAUAUUAACUUUCCUUUGGAGAAUUAUCAGACUGAACUGGAAGAAAUGAAGAAUAUGAGCCGCCAGGAAUAUGUUGCCCACUUGAGAAGGAAAAGCAGUGGCUUUUCGAGGGGCGCUUCAGUUUUCCGUGGAGUCACAAGGCAUCACCAACAUGGAAGAUGGCAGGCGAGGAUUGGGAGAGUUGCUGGAAACAAAGAUCUUUACCUUGGGACAUUUAGCACGCAAGAGGAAGCGGCUGAGGCUUACGACAUUGCAGCAAUCAAAUUCCGCGGUGUAAAUGCUGUCACCAACUUUGACAUUUCGAGAUAUGACGUCGAGAGAAUCAUGGCCAGCAAUACCCUACUGGCUGGCGAGCUUGCCAGAAGGAACAAGGAGGUGGUCGUCGACCCAAGGACUGAUGCUGCUGCUGCUGCCGUUGCCUACGAUUCCUCUGUUGCAUCUAACAAUAAUGGCGGGAUUGAAAUGAAUCCAGACGGAAAUGGUACGGAUUGGAAGAUGGCAUUGUAUCAGAAUCCUUCUCAUCAACAACACCAACAGGGAGCUGCUACUUGUGUUGCUGAAUCACUAGAUCACCAUCAUAAUAAGUCGAUGGCCUCGUCGGGAGACUAUCCGAAUGCUUCGUUUUCGAUGGCAUUGCAGAACUUGAUCGGUAUCGAAGCGUUGAACACUACUAACAGUCAUGGAAUUGAAGAUGAUUUGAACAAACAAGUAACGCAUUUUUCAAAUUCGUCGUCGCUGGUGACGAGUUUGAGUAGCUCGAGAGAAGGUAGCCCUGACAAGGCGAAUGCGUCAAUGGCGUCGAAGCUAAUUGGUGCAACAAGCGGGGUGGGGUCUUGGUACCCAACCCCACAGCAGCUGAGGCCAACAGCCAUUUCCAUGGCACAUUUGCCUGUUUUUGCAGCUUGGAAUGACACUUGAUUAAAAAAAAGAACACAACCCGUUGUCUUUCCUUGAUUACUUGGGCAUUUAGUUUUUGAAAAUUUUUGUUUGCAUGAAGGCGAAUGAAAAGAAAGAAAGCAAGAAAAAAAAAAUGAUGAUGUCUGGGAGACAAGGGAAAAAGAAGAUAGAAUUUUGAUUACAAUCCCUUUUUCUUUAUUUCCAAGGAGUGAGUGAGUGAGUGAGUGGGAGUAAAGAAUGAAGCAUCGUGGGGUCCGACUUGUGCGUCUGUAAUCCAUCUGUCUUCAAAUUAAACCCUUUUGGGGCUCUCCUCUUAUUGGCAUUUCAAAUGCAAAAGAUGGGGGAGAAGUAAUGAUUAAAUUCUCAA